UUUGUUUAUAGUAUUUUCCAAUUCUCUCUGAUUAAUACUAUUAAUGAUUAUACUAGUAUCAUCGGCAAAUAAGACCAUCCUUGCUCCAUUAUUUAUUGAUACUGGUAGAUCAUUGAUAUAGAGCAAAAAAAAGUAAUGGUCCUAGUAUCGAGCCUUGUGGGACACCACGCCUUAUCAAUCCCCAAAUUGAGCUAUUUUUAUUAUUACUAUCUAAACUCACUCUCUGGUAUCUACCCUCUAAAUAGGAUGUGAUCAAUUUAAGUGCUACGUAUUUUAUUCCAUAAAACUUCAGCUUCUUUAAUAAGAUGUCAUAAUCAACACAGUCAAAGGCCUUACAUAAGUCACAAAAAAUACCUCCAGUCAACAUCCUAGUAUUUAGGGAUUUUAAUAAUUUGUCGGUCAGACUAAAGGUGGCUUUGUCUAUUGAUGCUCCUGGUCUAAAGCCAAACUGCUCAGUUGCCAAAAUAUUAUUAGUUUCUGUGUGUUGUAGCAAUCUAUCAUAUAUAAUUCUUUCAAACACUUGGGAGAAUGAAGCCAACAGAGAAAUUGGCCUAUAGUUUGCCAUAAUGUCUUUAUCUCCCUUCUUAUAUACUGGUCUUACUAUAGAGUAUUUUAAUCUAGUAGGGACAUUUCCCGAUGUUAUGAUUUUAUUACCAAUAUAAUUUAAAGGGGAACUAAUAAAGGGUGCACUAAUCUUCAAUAUCUUUGUGGAAAUUCCAUCAUAAGCAUAUGAGUUCUUUGAUCGUAAUGAGCUAAUAAUUCAUUCUAUUUCUUUUGUAGAUGUACUCUUAAAUUUUAUAUUAGGGAAAGAAUUCUGCCUCAACUUUGACAUAUAAUAUUCUGGGCCUUCAUUUUUAUUAUUUUUGUUCAGCAUACUUCAUCAACCUAAUAAUAAUAACAAUAAUAAUAAUGAUGUAUUUUAUUAAUAAUAUAGGUGGACAUGUCCUAUAUGAUGUGCAGAAUAAAAUAGUAUGGAUUAGUUCAAGUUCAUUUUAUUUAUUCUCAUGGAAGGCCCCGCAAGCAUAACUAUGGUAGAAGGUUGUUCAAGAAAUUUUGUCAUGGCGGUGCACAUUGAAGAAGCUCACAUGCAAAGUAUUAUAAAAUUGUUCCUUCAGUUUUAUGACAUGGUUUUUUGAAGUGGGAAGAAAGUAGGAGAGAGUCAUGCAGAGUCCAUUGAAAAGAGCCCAUGUUGAGCCCAUGAUGCAGCUACAGACAUACAGCAUUGAUUAUGGAUGGAAAUUGGGAAGGAAAUCCAUCACAUAUGCCUGCUUCCAGAUGAGUAUCAUGAACCAGCUGUAAAGUCAGAUGUCAAGCAUACUGGAGUAUCAUCUUUUGAGUUCAAAAUGAACAUCUUUACUUCAUUGCGGUCUACUCUGUGGAAGACAGGAGCUCUAAAACUCAUACAGAAUAUGUUACCUAUUAGGCACAAUGAACAAAGAAGCUAUUUUGGCAUUAUAAAAUCUUUUAGUUUGAUAAACACAAACAGCACAGGGCUGAAGAAUGAGAGCUUGCCGCUGUUAACUCCAAAAGUUCCCAUUCUUUCAUCAUCUUGCGGUUUUAAAGUGAAAAAAGUGCUGAAACGGAGGUGCAAAGAUUGUUACUUUGUCAUGCGACGUGGUAGGAUGUACGUGAUAUGUGAGACACACCCGCGACACAAGCAGAUGGCCAUGAAGGCACCAGCUAAAGCUAACUGGAUACUUACGUGUGCAUGUCAGAGUCGUAUUAGACCAUGGUGAUACUGGUUCCACUGUCUGUGAUGACUUAUCUGGGUGUCAGAAUUAAAUUCUUGUCAUGUAAUUACCGUAGGAAAUGCAAAUAAAGAAGUCAUUAAAGAAUUA